AUGGGUGAAGAUUCCACUCCCAAUGGCUUUGGUCCGUCCGGACUGGGUUACACCAACUCGGUGCUGUCAUCGAGUUUGCAGCUCCGUGAGAUUCUGCAGCAAAACCGCAAGAUUGUCCUCGAUGGCAAGUCUCUAGACUUGAGCUCGGUGGUCGCAGUCGCCCACCAUGACAUCACGGCCGCCAUCACCGACAAUCAGAGCGUGUUGGACCGGCUGAAUCGCAGCGUGGAGCUGCUCAGCCAGAAACUCGACAAGGGUGAGGUGAUCUACGGUGUCACCACUGGGUUCGGGGGCAGCGCCGACACCCGCACCAACGACUACCCCGCGCUGCAGAAGGCGCUGAUCCAACACCACAACUCGGCCGUGGUGCUGCCUCGGGAUCGCGGGACGGCUGCCGCCGCCUCGCCCCUGGACAGUUUGAAGAGCCAUGCCAUGCCCAUUCCCACCGUCAAGGCGGCCAUGCUGAUCCGCUGCAAUUCUCUUCUGCGGGCGCACUCCGCCGUGCGGAUCCAGGUGGUGCGCAACAUCCUCGCGCUGCUGGCUCACGAUAUGACCCCCGUUGUGCCGCUGCGAGGCAGUAUCUCAGCAUGCGGUGAUCUGACGCCGCUGGCGUACAUUGCUGGUGCGCUCGAGGGCAACUCUGAUAUCAUGGUGCACUGCGGAAAGGGGCAGGCCGCCCGCAUUAUCCCGGCCUACCAGGCUCUCUCGGAGGCCGGGCUGACACCGCUCGAGUUCGGGCCUAAAGAGGGUCUGGGCCUGUUGAACGGGACGGCCUUCAGCUGCGGUGCGGCGGGACUGGUCCUGUUCGAGGCCAACCAGCUGGUGCUCCUCUCGCAGCUGCUAACGGCCAUGGGCACCGAGGCCCUGCUGGGCACGCGGCACAACUACCACCCAUUCAUUGCCGAGGCACGGCCGCACCCAGGCCAGCACGAGUCGGCAGCCAACAUCUUCCAGUGCCUGGCCAACUCGCAGCUCGUGGCUGGCGCGCACCCUGACCGAGAGGGCUUGGCACAGGACCGUUAUGCACUACGCACGUCAACGCAGUGGAUCGGCCCGCAGCUGGAGAACCUGGCACUCUCGCUGCAGCAGGUGCACACGGAACUCAACUCCACGACAGAUAACCCGCUGCUGGACCCUGAUGAAGAGCGUGUGCACCACGGUGGCAACUUUCAGGCGGCGUCCGUGACGUCGGCCAUGGAGAAGACCAUGUCGGCCAUGCAGAUGCUGGGCAAGAUGAUCUUCUCGCAGUGCUCAGAGAUUGUUAAUCCGAUGCUCAACAAGGGACUGCCACCCAACCUGAGUGCCGAUGACCCCAGUCUCUCGUUCGCCUUCAAGGGCGUCGACAUCAACAUGGCCGCAUACAUGUCCGAGCUGGCCUACCUGAACCACCCCGUAAGCAACCACGUGCAGUCCGCCGAGAUGCACAACCAGGGCCUGAACUCGCUGGCCCUGAUCGCCGCCCGCUACGCCGGCGACACUGUCGAAGUGCUGGGCCUGAUGUCUGCCACGUACCUAUACGUGCUCUGCCAGGCAUUGGAUCUGCGCGCGCUACAUAUCGAGUUUGCCACGCACGCCCGCCCCGACCUCGAUGCCGCCACGGCCGACUUACUCCGCGCCUUAGGCGCCGAGGCACAAGUGAGUGUCGCCCAGAGCGCGCUCUGGGAGGAACUGAUGGCGCACUGGGCCCGCCUGAGCACCAGCGACCUAGCAGACCGUGCCAAGACCACCGCCACGAGCUCGCUGGGCGCGCUCCUCGACGUGCUGGGCGACCGCGCCGACGGCAAAUCCAUCCAGCAAUGGAAGACCAUCACGGCCAGCAUCCUCGAGACGCGCUACGCCGCGGCCCGCAAGCUCUUCUUCCAGAACCGCACCACAGCCCAGCACCUGUGCUCGUCGUCGCAGAAACUUUACGGCUUUGUGCGCGACAAGCUCGCUGUGCCCAUGCACCGCGGGCUGGUCGACCACCCGACCUACGACUCCGGCGAGAACAUCCGCAAGGAGUCGAUCGGCUCGCAGAUCGGCAAGAUCUAUGCGGCUUUGCGGGCCGGCGAGUUCCACGAGGUGUUGCUCGCUUCGUGGGGGAUCCCAUAA